CAUUUCCCAUAAUCAUGAGUGCCAACCAAACCUCCACCCCUGUAAAGAAGGGAGAUGCUUGCCCUUUUAUCUUGUCUGAUAAUGAACCCAAGGAAACUCUCAUCAGUGAAAAUGACUCAAAAAAUGCUACCUGUCCUUUUGAUAAGGCAAAGGAGGAUGCCAAAGACAUGAUGCACCAAAACGGCGAGCUCAAGACAGAAUACGAAGUCAAGAUCAACUCUUUAAACCGUCUCUUACCCGAAACUCAACAAAAGAAGGGCCAAGAGUUCCUUUCUGAUCCCCAACUUGCUUUUGCCAUGAAGGAAGGCACUAAAGUUGUUCAUACUGCUGCUGAAGACAGCAUCUUUACCAAGCGUUUCCUCAGUGGUGCUAUCACCAAGGAUGAGUAUGGUAGAUACAUCAACUCUUUGUACUUUGUUUACAAGACCAUGGAAAGAUUGUUAACUCAGUACAAGGACCAUCCAACUAUCCAAAUGGUAUACUUCCCUUACGAACUUAACCGUGAAAAGGCUUUGCUCAAAGAUAUUGAGUACUAUUAUGGUAAAGACCGUGUUGCCGAGUUAACUAGUGAUAGCAACAUUACACCUGCUGUUCAAUCCUACAUUAAGACCUUGCAAGAUGCUGCUGACAAGAACCCAUCUCUUUUGAUUGCCCACAGUUACUCCCGCUAUCUUGGUGAUCUCAGUGGUGGUCAAAUCUUAGCCAAGCGUUUAAAGAAAUAUGUUCUUAAAAUCGACGUUACUGAUGCUGCCUGGGAUUCUUAUCAUGGUCUUGAGUUCUACAACUUUGAUCACAUUGCAAACAAUAACGAGUUCAAGAACCUUUAUCGUCAGCGUUUGGAUGGUGCCCGCGUUACACAAUACACCAAAGAUUUGAUCAUCGCUGAAGCCAUUUAUUCUUUUGAAUUAAACAUUGCUUUGUUCGAUGAAAUCCAAGCCCUUUCUGAAGCCAAGAAGUUGCAUGCUACCUUAAACGACAAUGACACUUACACCGUUGCUUCUGAACGUAGUGUAAGCAAGUAUGCUCCCUCUGCUGAUUGGUUUGUAGGUUUUGCUACUGGCGCCUUGACUCUCGCCGUAGGUUUAUCUGUCUACAACCGUAUCUCUGAAAGAUUGUAAUCUUUUACCUAUACAACAACCAAAAAAACACCCUUAUUUAUUCGUCAAACCCCCCUUAUUUAUUGCUUUCAAUUUUAUUUCUAAACUAAUAAAUAUUUUAAGCCGAACAUCAUAACACAAAAAAAA